AUGCCGAGAGCGCAAAGAGCACGCAAUGGCAGAAGAACUGCCAAUGCAACUCGAAUGUAUAACAGAAAGCAACAAAAUAACACACCAGAACGUUCUCAAACACUUGCACAGGAGAAACGUAACGCUUUGAGUCCUACUUCAUUUGAAAGCUUGAAGGCCUUUGAUGGAGUCAUUCACGCGACUUUUAAAGCUACUUGUUUUGCUCUUGAGCUUUCAGAAAAUGAUGAGCAAUGGAAAAAUUCUCUAGCGGAGGCAACUCUUUCAGAAAGUCCUUCAAAAUUAAGAGAAUUAUUCGCAAUAAUCAUAGUUUUCUGCCAACCGUCUGAACCUCAAUUUUUGUGGGAACAGUUCAGAAAUGAAUUUUGUGAAGAUAUUCUUCAUACAGAGCGCACUCGAUUAAAUGACUUUCUCGUCGAAGAAAAAGAAUUUAAAAAUUUAAUACAGAUGUUGGCACCGGGUUAUGUUCUUCCCAGUAGAAAAUCAGUUUCCAAUAGCCUUUUGCCUCAGUUAUAUGAAAGUACUGUUGAUAAUAUUAAAAAUAAAUUAAAAAAUGUAACAGCAGUUUGCUUGACAACUGACGCUUGGACUUCAAUUAAUAAUGAAUAUUACGUAGCUGUUACUGCACAUUAUAUCGAUGAUGAUACGAAAAUGUCAUCAAUUCUGAUUGGUUGUCAACAUUUCACAGCCAAACACACAGCUGUUGAAAUGUCUUCUCCCCUUAAAGAGCAGUGGAGGCAUUUUCCAUGUUUUGCUCAUAGCAUCAAUUUGAUAGUGCAAUCUGGGCUAGAGACAGUGAAAUUAAUAUUAAAUAAAGUAAAGGCCAUUGUCGAAUACUUCAAACGCAGUACUUACGCAUUGUCUCGUCUAAAUGAAAUUCAGACACAAGGUAGUUAUUCUGUUUUAAAGUUGAAGCAAGACUGUUCUACCAAGUGGAAUUCUACAUAUGACAUGGUUGAUAGAAUUUUGAAAAUAAAGGAUCCAGUGUUAUCCACAUUAGCCAUUAUUAAUAAUGAUCUAAAUACUAUCACAUUUGAUGAGUGGAAUGUAUUGAAAGUGCUAUGUCAAAUAUUUUAUGAUGUAACUAAUGAAAUAAGCUCAGAAAAUUAUAUAUCUAUAUCUAAAGUAACAAUAUUUUCAAGGGCGAUGGUCAACUAUGUAUCAGGGUUCACUAAUAACAGUAUAAUGCCAACUGAAAUUUGUUCAGUGGCAAAAAUUCUUAAAGAUAAAUUGCAUUCAAGAUCUGACCAGCUUAAAAAUAAUGAAGUUGUGAUGCAAUCAAUAUUAUUAGAUCCACGUUUCAAAAAACAAGGAUUUCCAAAUGAUCAAAAAUACCAAUCGGCAUAUCAAUCUUUAUCAAGGAAAGUGCAAAUCGUACCUAUCGGACAAGACGCUCAAGAACCAGAAGCAACAUUAGGUAUUGGUCCACUUUUUGGACCAGAGACUAUUUGGAAGGAUUUUGAUACCAGAGUUAUUGCAGUAAGUGGUGGUUCGAAUGUGACAGUAGCUGGUAUAUUAGAAUUGGAUCGAUACAUUGCUGAACCUUUAUUAAAAAGAACGGAAGAUCCAUUAGUUUGGUGGAAUGAACGUAAGUUAAUUUAUCCAAAACUAUACCAAUUAGUUUGUCGUAGGUUAUGCAUUGUAGCCACAUCAGUUCCAUGCGAGCGCAUUUUCUCUAAGGCUGGCAUGGUGUUGACGGAGAGAUGGUCAAGACUCACGAUUGACAAAGUUGAAAAGUUGUUGUUCCUAAAUCAUAAUUUAGAUUAA